GCUUGGCACACCUGACUUCUAUCAAGUUGGAAUCCACUCUGCAGUCCUCAGCCAUGGGCGCGAAGGGGUCCACACAUGCGUCCGACGGCAAAGUUUUCACGUUGGAAAAGCUUGCGCAGUUUGAUGGCACAACCAUGCCCUCUUAUAUUGCCAUUCUGGGAAAGGUCUAUGAUGUGAGUGAAUCCAGCAAUUUUCAAGCUGGAGGAGGUUAUGGCGACUUGUGGGCGGGCUGUGAUUGCACUUAUGCAUUGGCAACCCUGUCGCUGGACAAGGAAGAUGCCAACAGGCUAGACUGGGAGAUGAGCCAGUUCAGCGAGCAGCAAGUGAAGGCUCUGGCAGCAUGGAAGUCAUACUUCGACCAGAAGUAUGAGGUGGUCGGCGUGCUGGCGGAGUACGAAGGACGGAACAUCGAGCUUCCAGAGAUUGCGACCGCGGCGCAAGUUCAACUGCCAGGGAUCAGUGGAGGAGAUGGCAUCGCUGCAGGCAAAACUCCACCAGUGAAGGUUCGACCCUGUGCGCCAGUGGUGGGAGAGGCACCCAGGGUGGAGCGCUUGUGAGCCGCCAGGUGAGGAGUAUGACAUCUGCCACCUCCCAAGUCAGCAAGUCCCCAAGUCCAUGUUUUAAUCGCGCCAAGUUCCUGUGCUUAUGCAGCACACGGCAGCGAAUCAUUCAGCAUCUGCACAGAGUGAUAGUCCGAAUUCAAUGUUCAAAUUGUCCAAAGGACUGUGACUAGACCUCGGCGAAUAGCCCAAAGAGAAAAGGGGGGGAGUUGAAUCAUUUCAGAUCAAAAAA